GGAAGCCAAGUCCCGCAGCAGCUAUGGCGGCGGCGGCCGUGCGGAGGGGCUUGGCGUGGGGCGGCGGCCGCCGUCGUUCCUCGGCCGUAGUGCUGUUGCUGGGGCUUCCGGUUUGCAGGUUGAAGUCAGCAGUCAGCUUUAUUACUCGACCAGAUCGACCAAAGCUUGCUUAUCAUAAACUAAAAGGCAGGAAUCCAGGGGUUAUUUUCCUUCCAGGCUUGAAUUCAAAUAUGAAUGGUCAGAAAGCAAUCGCCCUUGAAGAUUUCUGCAACUCUUUAGGUCAUGCCUUCAUCAGAUUUGAUUAUACAGGAUGUGGAAGUUCAGAUGGUAAACUUGAGGAGUGUACAGUCGGGAAGUGGAGAAAAGAUGUUCUGUCUGUACUGGAUGAACUUGCAGAUGGCCCACAGAUUCUGGUGGGCUCCAGUUUGGGUGGAUGGUUAAUGCUUCACGCUGCAAUAGCACGCCCAGAUAAGGUAGCUGCUCUGGUUGGAGUAGCUGUAGCAGCAGACCACCUUAUAACAACUUUUAAGAAGCUUCCCAUUGAGGCACAGAAAGAAAUAGAAGAAAAAGGUGAAUGGAAAUAUCCAACAAAGUAUAAUGAGGAUGGAUAUUACUCCUUGACAUAUGACUUUGUCAGAGAAGCAGAAAAUCACUGUGUGCUAAAUAGCCCCAUUCCUAUAAGAUGCCCCAUACGACUCAUUCAUGGCAUGAGGGAUGGCGAGGUCCCCUGGCAGGUCUCAAUGCAGGUGGCUGAACGUGUUCUGAGCCAAGAUGUGGAUGUCAUCCUCCGCAAAACUGGCCAGCAUCGGAUGAGCGAGAAGGAGGACACAAAACUGCUCGUGAAUACUGUGGAUGAUUUGAUUGACAAGCUGGCAACACUGGCGUGAGCUGCAGAGUAGCAUAAGUGCAGCAACUCUACACCUGACUCUUUUCUAUCAUUAGCAGAAACCCUCUUCUUAGCAAGAUGAUGCCAAGCCUGUGCCUCCCACAGUAGAUACGGGCUUUAUCUGCUGUUUCCUUACCUCUCUUUCAUAAAUACAGGCUGCUUUUUUUAAUGCUGCAUUUUCAACAGACAGUCCAAAAUGUGAAGGAGUGCUGCUGUAGUGUUCAGAACCUUUCCUUCACCACUUAAACCUUUUAUCCCAAGCUUCCUACACUUUUGUACAGUAGUGUAGAUUCAUUUUUGUUACUAUUGGCCUGUACAGUAUUGUGCUCUUGCUGUAAAAUUCUUGUAUCUUGCCUCUGAAACCACUUAAGGACUUACUGAAGUUGUUACUAGGAAUAGUGAAUAAUGUGAAGCAUAAUAAACAGAUUUCAGAAAAAAUAUGCAAUUCUCAUUAAGUACUGUUAAAUGUGGCAGGUGCACCCUGAUGGUUGAGGAGUUCUAAAAGAAGGACCUCAAAGUGCAAAUGGCUCUUUUUUUAUCUGUGCUUUUCAGUAGGGUUUGCAUCCUCUUUUCCAGGCAGACUUUGUAGAAGCUAACUGUGAGCCUGCUGUUAAGGCAACCAUGUAUGGUAUUGGUAUAGAGUGAAUCUGAAUCAAUUCUAAAGUAAGUUCUGUACAGUUGGGAGCAAAGUACCCAUAGGGCAUCACUGCCUCUUUUCUGUGACUGGAAAAACUAAAUUACUAGAAGCAAGUAUUCACAGUUAGGAAUUUGAGGUGUGUGGGUGCAAGCCUGAAAAGUUGGAAACAAAACUUCAUAGGUGGAUAGUUCUUGUAAUGGAAAUUCAUAUAAUUUAAUAGAAAAUGGAUUUAAUUGGAGAUGACUCAUAUUUGGGAUUCGACCAAAUCCAUGGCGCUGCUCAUAUACUUGAAAGAGAGAGAGAGGAAUUUGGAGGAGAGAUGGAAUUCAUUCAAGCUGCUCUUAAUAUGAAACAUUAGUCAAAA